AUUUUAAUAACUCUGAAAUCAAAGACUUCAAAAUCGAGAAUAAUACCAUCUAUUUCCCUUUUACGGCCAUUGCCGGAAUUGGAGAAAAAGUGGCUCAAAAGAUUAUUGCUUAUCGAAGAGAAAAGAAAAAAAUUACUAGCAGUUGGAAAGAGGAGUUGGCUAAAGUAUUAAAUAUUAAUCAUAUUCAGCAAUUAGAAAAUCUGGAAAAACAUAAUUUGCCAACUUCCGCUCCGCCAGCCGACAAGAAUGAGGAAAUCCCACCGGAGCAGCCAACAAAUAAUCCUUUUUCUCCCCCACCUGCUCCCAAUAAUAACUACUCCACAAAAACUCUGGCUCGGGUCAUUAAAGACGAUUUACAAGACGCUUUGACUAAUAAAAGCCACUUAAAAAAUUAUUUUUUGGUUUAUCAAUUAUUUGAAGAUGGGGAUAUUACAAUAUAUACCAAGGAAAACGAAAAAUUAAACGAGGAAUUAAAAGAAAAUUUUAACCGCCACUAUCAGCAAAGAAAAGAAAAAUGA